UGUGGCUACGUUUGUGUUGGAGCUGGGCUCAUCUUGCUAUCCUCCUGUUCAUAAAUUUAUCAUCACUCCUAGUGAAUCAACAAGAUGGAACCUCCCUGCUCACUGUCUGCCAGAUUUGAAGGAUCCUUUGCAUAUAUCACAACUAGGGACAGACUGCCUCAAAUUUUGACAAAAGUAAUUGACACAGUUCACAGAAGUAAAGAGAAGUUCUUACAAGAAUAUGGGGAGGUAGGUGUCGAAGCUGAGAAAAGAGCAUUGUCCUUCUUCUCCAGACUGCGGAAUGAACUGCAUACAAAUAAACCUAUCCUUCCACUAACAGAUAAUGAGCCUGAUACACAUAUCUGGAACCAGUACCUCCUCUACCAGAAAACUCUAAUGAAUGAGGAUGAAGAACCCUGCUGGUUCAGUUCACCUUGGUUGUAUGUGGAAUGCUACAUGUACCGCAGGAUUCGUGAAGGUUUUGUACACAGUCCUCCUAUUUGUGGGUUUGAUGCUUUUAAUGAAGUGAAGAAUGACAGCUUCUUUCAGUCACACAGUGCUAUUCUAGCUUUGUGUACUUAUUUACAAGAGCUCAAAAAGGGUAUUGCAGAACUCAGCAACAAUCAGCAACUGGAAGAGUUCCGUAAACUGCUUGAGGCAUCCUUAUGGGGAAACAAAUGUGACCUGUCAAUUUCAGGAGGCCAGGACAACUCUCAGAAGUACAGUAUUCUAAAUUCUCUUGAAACUUUUAGACCUUGUAUCUUGGUUGAUAACAUAGGAUCUCUCUGGACCAUUCUUUCCAGAAGAAAGACACUAAACAAUGGUGGAGAUACAAAGACUAGAGUUGACAUUGUCCUAGAUAAUUCUGGAUUUGAGCUUAUUACGGAUUUCGCUCUAGCUGACGCAUUGCUUUCUUUAAAGCUAGCUACUGAAGUUCAUUUCCAUGCAAAGUGCAUACCUUGGUAUGUUUCAGAUGUAACAAAACAAGAUUUUAACUGGACAAUCAAGCAGCUUUUAAAAACGAACAACAAGUGUAUGUCAGAAUGUGGUGCUAACUGGCAAAAAUACUUACAAAACGAAUCCUGGAUUUAUCAUGAACACUUAUUUUGGACAUUACCACAUGAAUUCUGCAGUAUGGCUGUUACUGCUCCAGAUUUAUACUCAGAGUUGCAGAAGUCACAACUGAUUAUAUUUAAGGGAGAUUUAAAUUAUAGGAAGCUUACUGGAGACAGGCGAUGGAACUUCACUGUGCCUUUUUCCAAAGCCCUUAGGGCGUUUCACCCUGCACCACUCUGCAGUGUAAGAACCUUGAAAGCUGAUGUGCAGGUAGGUUUGGAACCAGGAGUUGGAGAAAAGCUUGCAGCAUCUGAUCCUGACUGGAUGAUCACUGGGAAAUAUGGAGUAAUUCAGUUUAGCGAUUCCACAUAAAAGUUGGUGUGGAACACUUGCUGCAUAAUGAAUGCUUUAAAAAAUAGAUUGGUUUGCUGGAUGCCAUAUCUGACAUAAAAUAAUGUCCUCUAGUCUCCCAUUACAAUAGUACAAAAUGGCUAUACUUGAAUGCAUGUGUUUAUAAUACGUAUCAUAUUACGCAUUAUACACGUGGAAGAAAUAAAUGUUGUUUUUUAAAGGGA